AGAUGUAGUCGCGACGGCCUGACUAAACCAGUAGCCGCUCGGGCGGUAGGGGAUUGCGGCGUGUCCAAGCAACCUCCCGCCCCUCGCAACAGGUUUUUGCGCGGCCCCUUCCUCCUCGCUUCUCCACGGGGUGGGAGGCGAGCUGCUUCUGGCACUUGCCCGCGAAAGGCGAGACGAAGCAGGCAGGAGAGCCAAGCAAGCGCCCAGCUGCUGCCCCGCAAGAUACCUGUGAAAAAAAUUAAAACGAGAGAAUCAUUUAAGCUCAACAAUUUGGACAUAUAUAAACUUUCUUAAACUUUCUGAUGAAGGAUGACUACUCCAUAUGUUCCUGUUCCAAUUCCUAUAGGAAGUUCUACUAAUUUUACCAUAAAUAGAAACCAAAGAAGAUCAUCUCUUGGGAGUAUUUCAACAUGUUCAGAUUCUUCAAAGGGACAGAUAGAAGAGUCGUCUAAAAGCAACUUUAAGAAAAUGAGUAUUCCCGAUGAGAUUGGUACUACUUCAUGUCCUUGCAAUAGUCCACUUGUUAGGACUAAAAUGUUAGGUUUAAACACUUCUAUGGAAUAUUAUAUUCAACCAUUGGAAACAACUGAUCAAAAUAUCUUGGAGAACUGGGAAGAUCGACCCGCUACUCCUACAAUACUUGGUUAUGAAGUAAUGGAGGAGAGAGCAAAAUUCACUGUUUACAAAAUACUUGUGAAGAAAAAUCCAGAAGAAAACUGGGUAGUUUUCAGAAGGUAUACAGACUUCUCCAGGCUUAAUGACAAGCUGAAAGAUAUGUUUCCUGGUUUUCGACUGGCAUUGCCCCCAAAGCGUUGGUUCAAGGAUAAUUACAAUCCCGAUUUCUUAGAAGAUAGACAGCUAGGACUCCAAGCAUUUCUACAGAAUUUAGUAGCUCACAAAGACAUUGCCAACUGCCUUGCAGUAAGAGAGUUUCUUUGUUUGGAUGAACCUCCGGGGCCCUUUGAUAGCCUUGAAGAGAGCAGGGCUUUUUGUGAAACUUUGGAGGAAACAAACUACCGGCUUCAAAAGGAGCUUAAUGAAAAACAAAAAGAGGUGGAAGCUCUGAAAAAGUUGUUAAAUGAAAAAGAAUUGUACAUAAAUGAAAUGGAGAAAAGACUUGGGGAUUUAAAUUUAGUGGAAACAAAGUCUUGUAAGUUGUCAGGAGAGGGAAGUGAAUGCAGUGGAGAAGUGGAGUCAUCCGCAACAGAGGCAGAUCAAAGAACCUUGGAAGAAGACACCCGGUCUGAAAAAGAGGAUUGGAAAACCCCUUGGAAUGAGUCACUGGUAGAAAACUUUGUGCCAGAAAUUGAAGUAGCUGAAGUGGCAUAUGCUGCUGAUAUAGAGAUAUGAAGCUGUGAGAGCGAGUUCAGUCCACUACUGACAUCUGAAAAUCCCGUUGGAAUUGCAUAUUUUGCCUCCUUGUGGAAGUUGUUUAUUGAAGGUAACUCAGAGGAAGGUGAAGGAGAGAGAAGCAAGAGCUUUGUCCAUGUUAAAAUGCCAGAAAACACUCUGGAAUUUCAGAAAUAAAAAGAAUUGAAUUCUGAAACAGAAUGAGACUGUUCUGACAGGGUGUCUUAUCAAAUUUAAUAUUUUGAUACAAUAACAGAGGAGAGAUUGCCAGGAGACUGCUAAAUCUGAAUACUAGUCAAACUGGAAAAAUGAUUAAUUAAAGAAAAUCUUCCUUUAUAAUUUUUCCAGACUUCAAAGACUCCUUUGGCCUUAACACUUGCCAAAACUGUCCUUCUAUGGUGCAAAACUUGUAAUCACUGAGGUAACUCACUGAUAGUAUUUUUAACAAGGCACAUCUUAUUAUUAAAUAUUAUUUUUCAUGCUCAAAAAAUAGAUUUGUUUCAGAAAGGAGUCUUUCAGUGGCUCUGAGGAAGAAACUUGAUUACCUUAUUUUUCAGAGUAUAAGAUGUACUUUUCUCCCCCCAAAAAAGUGGGUAGAAAUGUCUGUGCAUCUUAUACAGUGAAUAUUGCCAAAUCGCCGCCACCCUUCAGCCUCUGUCUCCCAGCAAUUUGCCUCCUUAUAGCAAGCAGUGUGAUCA